GUCAACAACACACCACGGAACAGUGAGCAACUUCUCAGAUGGCUCGAAGUCCAGAAGAAAUUGCAAAAACAUCCAAACGUGUCUUCGAGACAUCUCAGCUCGUGUCCCAUCAGGAGAGGGUGGAAGCACUACUCAGCAUCAAAGCAAAGCUCGCCGAGAACAAGGAUAGUAUCCUUCAAGCAAAUGCCUUGGAUCUGGAGGCAGCGUCUGCAGAAGUAAUGAAAGGGAACCUUUCUGCUCCGCUGGUGAAGCGACUCGAUUUGGGAAAAGCGAACAAAUGGGAUUCCAUGCUUCAAGGGAUAUCUGACGUGGCCGAACUUCCCGAUCCAAAUGGGAUCAUUUCUUAUGCGUCUGAAUUGGAUGAAGAACUUCAACUCCGUCGUGUCUCAUGCCCUAUUGGUACCAUUCUCGUUAUUUUCGAAUCACGCCCCGAAGUCGUUGUGAAUAUUGCAGCAUUGGCCAUUAAGUCUGGGAAUGCUGCUAUUCUGAAAGGCGGAAAAGAAUCAGCGAGGACAAGCGCAGAGAUAUCCAGAGUCAUUCGCAUAGCACUGUCCUCAUCGUCGCUCCCCGAAGAUUACAUUCAGACUGUUCAAACUAGAGACGAGAUUACAUCUUUGCUUCACCAAGAAAAAUAUAUUGACCUCGUUAUACCAAGAGGUAGCAAUGCUCUGGUCUCAACUAUCCAAAGACAAUCCCGCAUCCCAGUCAUGGGUCAUGCCGACGGACUGUGCACAGUGUUCCUCGACGAAUCGGCAGACGUUAAGAAGGCAGUACGGGUUGUGACAGAUUCCAAGAUCGAUUAUCCCUCUGCGUGCAACGCGUCAGAAAUCCUGUUACUCCAUCAAUCACUUCCUCCGGAUACUUGGAUACGUGUCGCGCAUUCAUUGCUCUCUAAUAACGUAGAGCUUCGAUGCGACCCUCCCUCACUUUCCCUGCUACGAGCAUCACCUGAAGUCCAAUCACUGACGAAUUUCUCCACUCACGUCAAGCCUGCAAUUGAGGAAAUAGACUACGACACUGAAUUUUUGGACACGAUUAUUGCCGUGCAUACUGUCGCUUCUCUUUCAGACGCUGUCAACUUCAUCAACUCACAUUCCUCUCACCACACCGACAGCAUUGUGACAGAAUCCUCUCAUAAUGCUGAGAUAUUCUGUAAAGUGAUCGACAGCGCAGGUGUGUACGUCAACGCCAGUACCCGGUUCGCAGACGGUUUUCGUUACGGUUUCGGGACGGAAGUGGGUAUCAGUACCGGACGGAUUCAUGCAAGAGGUCCCGUUGGCCUUGAAGGAUUAGUGAUCUACAAGUAUGUACUGGUAAGCAAGGCUGAAGGUGGUCACGUAGCUGCAGAGUUUGGGCUGGCUUCUGGAAAGAAAAGGUUCAACCAUACAUCUUUACCUUUGAACGAAGGUCUCAAAUUUUAAAUCAUUGUAACUACAACAAUCGUCACCCAUAUAUUAAUUAGAAAAGGUACACCAUACUGUAUAUCAUCGUGUCUCCCAGAGAACCAUGAAGGAAUGAAGA